AUGCAGUUGGCUCUGGUGUUAAAUUGCAAUCCCACUAAAGCAUAUUGGCUGGCGUAUGACCUAGAGUGGUCCGCCGACCACGAUUUCCACUGCGCUAGCACUGGUGUACUGAACCUCGUGGCCGGGAUCCUGAGUAUCGUGACGGACAUAUAUUCGAUCGCCCUUCCCUGUAUCGUGGCGCAAGGACUACAAGUACCAUUUCGGCAGAAGGUCAUCUUGAACAUCAUGUUCGGCAUUUCCUCAAUAACAAUCGGCGCCGCCAUCGCCCGAACGUAUCUUUACUACAAACUCUCCUUCCACUACGACUUCACCUGGCUAGCUUUCGACGUCUACUUCUGGACGAUGCUAGAAUUCGGUCUAGGCAUCAUAUGUGCCUGUGCACCUUCCCUUCGCGUCUUCAUCAAAAAGUACCUUGGCGAACGACUUUCCAGCCGUGGGGCAGGAGGCAGUACCUCCCGCUGGACGGGCGGCAGAAGCGGAGAGAAGAGGCAGAGAAGUGAGAGUGAAGGCGAGUUGACGCCACGUACAGGAGUGCAGGCCGUGGAUGCGCAUAAGAGUUCCACUUCUACGACGAGCUCGUCUGGCAUAACGAAGAAGAGUACUUUCGAAAUCAGUACCAGAUCACGGGACAUAAACGAGAGCCAUGAGCUACAGACUCGUGCGGAACCACAAUUGACGCCUCUGGAGCUCCCAAGGCUGGUGGGAGAUGGUGCGGGUGGAAAUUACAGCACGCAGACCAGCGGCAGUCAUGGGAAAAUCGGCGCUCCGCGCUCGCCACUGGAGUACGAACAUCAUGUUUUGGGUACUUUACGGAGAGGAAGGGAGUCCUUCUUUUCAGGCCGGAAAGGGAAGAAAAGGCCGAUGACGCAAGUCAGCCAGAGUGCGGUAUAG